UUUUUUUAAAGUUUGUAUCUGUUUUUAUUUUAUAAAAAGAUAAUGAAUGUGAACGAAUUAGUUAAAGAAGAUAUAAACGAAUUCUGCAUAGCAUGUUUAGAGAAAAGUGAAGAUAUGCUUAAUUUAACAGAAAAUAAAGAAAGACAAGAGUUGUUUACAAAUUUGUUUAACGUUAAGCUUAAUGAAUUCGAGAAAUGCCCUAAUUUCUUGUGUUGUACAUGCGAUACAAAAUUAAAUUUAUGCAGUGAUUUUUAUCAUAGUGUACAGAAAAGUUUAAUGAUUCUUGAGGAAUAUAAUAAAAUAUCGAGAAAAUUACAAUUGAUAGAUUUUGACGAUGAACAUGUUAAAGAAUUAUAUGAAGAGGAAGACGUAAAUACGGAAGAGAGUGCAAAAUCGAAAACAGAAAACAGGAUCCAACACAGAGACGUUUCUAAAAUUAAAAUUAUCGAUCCUGAUGAAGUGGAGCGUGUUAUAGAAGAGUUCAAAAGUAGAUUAUCAAAAAAUGAAACGUGUAUCAUAUGUGGAUUUAUUGCAGCAAACAGAAGAUCUAUUUCAUCGCAUAUGGCAAUUUUUCAUAAAGAUAUAAAAAACAAUUGGUGUUUGGAAUGUAACGAUGUAUUUGAAAACUACGAAAAGCAUAAGAAAAGCCAUAGCAGCAGGUACCAAUGUCCAUUUUGCACGAAAAAAGUCACUGUACCCCAUUAUAUCGAACAUUUACGAAGUCAUUCAGGCACUUUCGAAUGUAAAGAGUGCAAUAAGACAUUCAAGUCUGCGGCGUGGCUAACAAAACAUUCCCGGAUCCAUACAAACGAGAAGCCAUACAUCUGCCCGAAUUGUUCUAGAGGGUUCAUACAAUUAAGUUCUUUAAGGUACCACUUGGGUACCCACGGUAAACAUGCUUGUGAUUUAUGUAAAAAACGUUACAAAACGGAGAAAGAUCUCGAAGAACAUGAGUGUGUGGUUAAUUUAAAAGUUUUAAGAAAGGAUAUGUGGGCAAAUCGUGACGCUGCAACCGAAACUGAAAUCGGACCUGUGGAAACUAUUAUCAUUAAGGGAGUUGAGGUAGUUGGUUCUGCUGAUUUACAAAACUUUUGCAAGGACUGCAAUAAACGAGUAAAGAGUUUGAAGCAACACAUCAAAAAAUUUCAUAGUUUAGUAAAGGAACAAAGAGUAGUGAAAAAAAUCAAAUGUGAAUUUUGUGAGAAAAUAUUUAGCAAUUCUUAUAAACUGAAGAUACAUACUAGAACACAUACCGGUCAACUACCGUACAAAUGUAAAUAUUGCGAGCGAAGAACUCUGACUAGAUCUAGGCUUAAGGAUCACGAACGGACUCAUACCAAGGAGAAGCCUUACAUCUGCAACAUUUGUGGAAAAGGUCUGUCGCAAUCGUCUGCACUCAGAACACAUAUGAGACAACACACCGGGAGGCCCGAGGUGUGCAACCUCUGCAGCAAGACGUUUUGUAGAAAAUCGGAACUCAAGCUUCACCUAAGCAAACACAAGGGUGAGAAACCGUUCUUGUGUACGGACUGUGGAAGGACUUUUGCCCAAAGAAGUCAUUUGUCGGAACAUAUGGCUAGCCACAGCGAUGAGAGGCCAUUUGAGUGCCCUUACUGUGAUAAACGCUUCAAAACAAACAACCUUUUAAAGGAGCACCUCAAACUUCAUCAAGGUUACAAGCCCUUCCAGUGCCCGACCUGUUCGUACGCUUGUUAUAAAGGGUACCGGCUCCAGCAACACAUGAAACAACACAGCAACGCUGAUGCGGAGCCCGUUCCAAAAAAUCCCGCUUGACAUUUUAAUAAAGAGGCACAAUUAGAUACACCUACCACCUAUGUAAAUAACUCCGUUACGUAAUUUUUAUAGUUAAUAUUUAGCAUGAUAAUGCUCGAAGUAUAUAAAUAUUAAUUUGGAUACGACAGUAUUUAUGAGUUUCACGUUUUAUUAAGGGAUAUAUGUUUAUAUUAUUCAUUGAAACGGAACUAGAAAAAAAGAAUUUUAAUAUUAUUUCUUUUUGUAUUUUACAUUUUAAAGCUUUACAAAGUUUAUACGAGAGGGAUGAGCUUUCUGAUACCGUCGUCAAAAAAAUAUCCCUCCGCCUCUUGGGCCCAUUGUUUCGCGGCACUGUGAAUCUUGUCAUCAGUAGAAAACUUGUUUUCACCCAUAAACACCUUCAGAGAAAAGAUGAAAAUCAGAAGGUGCCAGAUCAGGGCUGUGAGCGGGAUGGUUGAUGUUCCCACUGAAUGAUCCCAAGGAUUGCUUUGUGGCAUUGGCUGUGUGGCGACGCAUUGUCAUGCAACAAGCACACUCCCUUUGUUAACAUUUCCCUUCUUUUGUUCUGUAUCAUUCUCCGUAACGUUUUCAGGGUUUCACAGUAUCGCGUAGCAUUAACUGUUCCCCCUAGGGCAAAAAGUCAAUGAAGGGAAUCCCUUUGCAGUCCCAAAACACAGCUGCUAUGAUUUUUCGGGCCCAAAAAACAGUUUCGAAUUUUUCCGCUAAUGGUGGAGACGGAUGUUACCACCGCAUUGAUUGUCGUUUCGUCUCGGGGGUGUAGUAGGUCACAAAUGUUUUAUCGCCAAUCACAAUGCAGUUAGACAUUUUCCAGUUUGCAGCGCUCAAGAAAUUCCCAUGGAUGUGAUUCUGUUGGCUUUGUGUUGAUCUGUGAUCUCUUUUAGUACCUUGCACACAAUUUUCGAAAAUCAAUUGUUUCAGUAAUAAUUUCAUGCAGAAGUGAUCUGGAGAUUUGUGGAAACACUGCGUUCACCUCAUCCAAAGACAAUCGACUGUCUCCACAAAGCAUUUCUUUGAUCUUGUUCACCAUCUCAUCAAUCACUAUUGAGAGAUGCACACAUCAUAAACAUUUGUUCAAGCCAGCUUUAUACUCACGACACCACUUGUACACAUUAGUACGAUUCAUCACACUAUCCCCAUAAACAGUUUUGAUUUUUGUUAAAAAUCUGGAACAGCACCCUUUGCAGACGAAACCGUGAGAACGUGAGGAUUACAUUCCUCACCUCGCAGUCGGCGGGAUUUGGAAUAGCGGCAGUCAUUUUUUCAAUAUGCCACUACAACAACAGUUCUCAACUGACCACGACAAAAAAUGAGCAUGCGUUCUACUACCCACACCGUGGGCGUGGCCUUGAAUGCAGUGUUGCCAACUUUGUUGAAAAGCUUUGUGGAUAUGCCUCGCACAACGUAAAGAAACAAUUGAAAGGGUGUAAAUUUAGUUAACUUUAUAUUUUUCUUUAAAUAUUUAUUUUCGUACAAAAAUUAUUGUAUUUGUGAAUUAUGGA